CUUGCCCCCGAAGCUGCCUGCAGCCAGCGCCGCCAACCCCUCCUCCUUGCUCCAGCCGCCGCCGCUCCUCCCCUAUAAACUCUCCGCUUCGCCGCAUCCCUCCUCAGAUCACAAUCCGCUGCCGCCACUACUCAUCCUCCUCACGCACGCGCUUAAUCUUUCUUGCUUCCAUCAAGAGACCCACAGCACAGAGAGCGGAGCAGAGUUAGCCAGCCGGCCAGCCAAGAACCCGCCUGUCAGCGCCCAUGUCCUCACAGGUAGCGGCGCUGGGGACGACGGGGGGAAAUACGAUGGCGACGACGGCGUGGUCGUACGUGGAGUACAUGGCGCGGUGGGAGCGCCAGGUGGAGCGGCGGCAGCUGUUCCUCCGGAGCUACCACUUCUCCCGCGACGCCGAGGUCACGCCGCGCGGGCGCGCGCGCCGCGUCGUCUGGGCCGGGGCGCGACGCCUGCGCCGGGCCGCCGCCAAGGGGCUCCGACGCCUCCGGGCGCGCAUCCGCCUCUGCUUCGGCUGGGCCGCGCCUGCGCUCCGCCGGCGCUCCUCCCCACGCCGGGCCGGCCACGGGUUCCGCUACGGCCGCAUCCCCCGGGCCACGAAGGCCCCCAACGCGGCGUCCGUCUGCUUUUGGUAGCCAGGUCGCGUGGAGCUAGAAUAGGGGGGAAAAAUUCCAACGCGCACAUGUUAUCUUCUACUACUAGUAUGUCCGACAUUGGGACGUUGUAAAAAUCACCGAUGAUAGGAAUGAGAUUAUCACUUGCUCCGGCA